AUGCUUUCUUGCCCACCGGCACGGAUACGGUCGACAACAAUCAGAUAUAUCCGCAGAAAUCAAAGGAGGCAGGAAAGGCUAUUUUCGACAAGCACAAAUACCAAUGUCGAUUUUACACACGCGAUAAUCGGCGGCGGCAUCGUCGGCCUCUCCAUCGCCCGCCACCUCUCCCUCACCCGCCCAAACACCACCACCAUCCUGCUCGAACGCCACCCUGCCCUCGGCACAGAAACAACCAGCCGCAACUCCGAAGUCAUCCACGCAGGCCUCUACUACCCACCCUCCUCGCUGAAGACCCGACUCUGCAUCCGCGGCAAACACCUCCUCUACGAUCUCUGCGCCUCCCCCGCCCACAACAUCCCCCACCGCCGCACCGGGAAAUGGAUCCUGGCGCAGGAUGCGGAGCAGUUGGACCGCCUACAGCGCAUGCACGAGCAUGCGGCGCGCCUGGGGGUGCCUACGCGGUUUUUGGCCAGGGGGGAGAUAGCCCGGCGAGAGCCGGAUGUAAGGGCGCGGGCGGGGGUGUUGGAGAGUCCCAGCACAGGGAUUGUGGAUAGCCAUGCGCUGAUGGCGUGUUUGCACGCUGAGUUUGAGGGGGCCGGCGGUGACGUUGCGCUUUGGACGGCUGUGAGUCGGAUCGAGAAGGUGGGGGUGGGCGGGGGGUAUAGGAUCUAUACGCGCUCUGCUGGGACGGGGAGAGAGGCAAGAGACAGUGCGAGGGGAGGGGAAGGAGAGGGGGAUGAGGAUGAAGCUGUGAUUACGGCGGAGGCGCUUAUCAAUGCCGCUGGCCACAACGCCUGCGCUAUUUCGAAUAUGCUCCUGCCAUCUGACCGCCACGUCCGGCCAGCAUACGCAAAGGGGACAUAUUUCUCCUACUCCGCAUCCAGCCCCAAGCCGCGCACCCUGCUUUACCCGGCUCCCAAGCCAGGGCUGGGCGGAUUGGGCACGCAUCUCACGCUAGAUAUGACGGGCCAAGUACGUUUCGGUCCGGAUGUGGAGUGGGUUGAUGGACCAGAGGAUCUGGUGCCGCGCCUGGGGAGGCUCGAGGAUGCUGUAAGGGAAAUUCAGGAGUAUUUGCCUGGUGUGCGGCCAGAGGCGAUUGGGUUGGAUUAUUGUGGGGUUAGGCCGAAGUUGGCUGUGAAGGAGGGUGAGGAUAGGGGCGCGUUUAGGGAUUUUGUGAUUAGGGAGGAGGAAUGUUUUGAGGGGUUUGUGAAUUUAUUGGGGAUUGAGAGUCCUGGGCUGACGAGUGCGCUGGCGAUUGGGGAGAUGGUUGAGGAGUUGCUAUAUGGGUAG